AUGAGCGCCUCGAAACGUCUCGUUUGGACUCUCAGCCUCCUCGUGCUUAUCUCGGCGACCACGGCUUAUUACAAUGACAACAACGAGCAAUGGAAUAAUUUGACCGAUGAACAGAAAGGAAUGGCCGUCUGGCUCAUCAUCCUCAUCGUCCUCGUCCCUUUGUGCAUUUCGGGAUCCAUCGCCGCCGCCGGAGCCUUCUACUUUAUGCGGAAACGGAACAGUGGCGGAGAUCAAGUGAUGGUCGUACGGUAGAAGAAUCGGACGAUCGGAUCGAGCGUGGGAUCAACAAGGCUAUAUUCGUUUUGAAUAAAUAUUUUUGGUGUUUUGUUGUCAGCUCUUGUUGGAAAUAGAAAUUGAAUUCGCACGUGUGCCUGAAAACUGACCACACAUUGUCGAAAAGUCGUGACAAGAGAUGGAAGGAACGGACAAUAUACGACGGGCCGUUUUUUGGAUAAUCUGGAGCGACAACGGAUACGGGGACUGAAUGGAAUGAAGCUUUUGGCCUAGAAAUCUACAAAUUCUAGUCCAUUCUAUCAUGUAAAUCACAAAAUCACGCCGAAAUUCAAAAAAGUUAGUUUUCCUCCGUGAAGAUGACCUCUCUCGAUAAGCGUCAUGUCUAUAAAAAGACCCAAAAGUCGAGUUGAGCUCAGUUUAAGAGGUUUUUCGAACAACUACAGUACUCUUCAAAUCGGAGCGACUAUGAGCAAGGCGCUUCUCUUCAUUCUUCUCAUCGCCGCCGCACUUCUUCCCCUUGGCUCCGCCGACUACAACGAUCUAUCGCCGGAGCAGCAGAGAGGAGUCAUCGCCGUCUGGAUCAUCGUCGUCAUUAUCAUCGGAGCGCUGUGCGUGUCGGGAAUGGCCGCCGCCGGAUUCUUCUAUUUCAUGCGGAAACGGAACAGUGGCGGAGACCAGGUGAUGGUCAUUCGGUAG